AUGGACACCAGUUCCGAUAGCGAAGGGGAAGAAAUACCCAAACGAAAACGUGGUCCGUACAAGUUAUACCUUACACCAUCACUAUCAGGUGAAAGCGUUUCUCUUCCAAGAACCACUAAAUGGCGUCGUUUGCUCCCCGACAACAGCGAAGAAAAUCAAACUGAAGAGCCAUCUGAUAUGCUUCAUGAUGGGAUGGAAGAAAUUGGUGAAAUUGAUAUCCCACAUGAUAACUCAGAAGAAAGCGAUGGAAGCUUUUGCAAUAUUUACGAGACUUCGAAUGCCUCUGCCCCAGGUUAGUAUGAAAUCAGUGACCACGUUAUUAAUUUAGUCUGAUAGAACCACGGAUAUUGUCGUGAUAUUGUUUGAUAUAAAUAGUAUUGAGUUUUUAUUCGUAUAAUAUAAAUUCUAUAACUCUUAUAAUAUAAAUUCUAUAACUCUUAUAAUAUAAAUUCUAUAACUCUUAUAAUAUAAAUUCUAUAACUCUUAUAAUAUAAAUUGUAUAACUCUUAUAAUAUAAAUUGUAUAACUCUUACUGACUUACUGUAUAACUAGCAGAGCAAAUGAGAUAUUUUUAACCAAAAUUGGCACGACUCAGAUUCCCUUGAAGGCCGUGAUGAGUGGUUAGCAGAUAUAAUUGUUUUGGGGCAAAAGUAAAACUAGUAUAAGUCAAAGUAAUAAAGACAUUUAAGCCCUGCACAGGCGACCAAUUUUUCCUUGACAAUUUUUCCUAGUCUUUGAAAGCAGACUGAUCUCGACCUCUUCCCUAUGAGAGGAGGAAGAGACCAAGAUCAGUCUGAUCAGUCUGCUUUCGCAGACUAAAUUUUUCCUUGACAAGUUUUAUUUGCUUGGGUGUAUGGCAAAAAAUUGACAAGUUUUCCUUGACAAGGAGCCUGGUUCAAAAGCUGGUCAUGCCAGCUUUUGGAUCAGGAAAACUGUUUGUCUGUACAGCCGACCAGGAAAAAUUAGAGCUGCUCCCAAUUAAUCGAUUAUUUUUCCACAAUCGAUUAUACCUAACAGUAAUCAGAUCAUCUAUAACACCAUACAGCGUGAUGCGGGAAUGAGUUAAUUUCUUUCCAGAUUAAAAAAGUUGCGACAAGAUUGUGAUUGAAACAUGAAAUGACAAAUUGAUUCAAAACAUUGUGGGUCAAAAUCAAUGUCACUUGCAGCGUGCAAAGUUUACUAUAGUCUGAUCGGGUUGCAGUGCUGCGAAAAUAGCUUUAAUGUUUAUUUUUAUUAGAAUAAUUUAUUACCAUUUAUGAGAAUAAUUUAUUACCAUUUGCGUCCAACAUUGCGACGUGCAGACAUAAACCAAUUAUAAAUCCAUAAGAGUCUCGCAAAUUUGCUUAGGAGUGUCAAAGGUAAACAACUAAAGUAAACAUCCUUAAUAUCCUUUCUGUCUUUUAAUGCAUGUCUCUUAUGUGAAGUGUAAGAGCGCGAGAACGUGCGCAAUCUGUAAUUGUGAUUUUACGUUCAUUUUAAACACAGAUUUACAAUGUUUAUACUGCAUGACUGAUGAAACCCAAAAAAAUUUAGUAAAGCAUAUUCAUAUUGCAAUUUAGAAACCUGUCAAACCACCAUGGGCUUUUCAUGUUUAAAUUAAUUAUCAAUACAAUUAAUCGAUAUUAAUCGAUUGUUGACAACGAUUAAUCGAUUACGAAAAUUAACUGAUGGGAGCAGCUCUAGGAAAAAUUGACAAGGAAAUGCUUUGAUUUGAAGAUGCAGUACAUAGUACUAAAGUUUGGUUCCUCUUCAGGUCUAUAUAGUAGAUAUACAUGAAGUAUUUGGACGUGUCGGCAAGAUGCAGGCUCGUAAUAAAACUGGUCAUGGAAACAUUGAUAAAAAAAUGUUUGAAUUUUAGUGUUAUAUAUGAAAAUAGGUGGACUUCAUGACUUAGAUUCUUGCACUUCACUUGGUGGAAUUAAUAUUAGAAUUAGAAUGUUAUGGUUUGGAAUCCAAGUGAGAAUAUAUACAUUUUAAGACCUAACCAGGAACGUCUGCGAAAAAUGCAGCAUAAGGUCCUCUGGUAGGAAUUGAACCUACGGCCCUGCGAUUCCGGUGCAGCGCUCUAACCAACUGAGUUACAAAGGCCAGCUGUUAAGCUGUAACCGUAAGUUCAUGUAUAUAUAGGUAAUCGGGUGUGCGGGUUGUGAUAAGGUGGACUUCAUAACUUAGAUUCUUGCACUUCACUUGGUGGAAUUAAUAUUAGAAUGUUAGGGUUUGGAAUCCAAGUGAGAAUAUAUACAUUUUAAGACAAGUGAAGUGCAAGAAUCUAAGUCAUGAAGUCCACCUUAUCACAACCCGCACACCUGAUUACCUAUAUAUACAUGAACUUACGGUUACAGCUUAACAGCUGGCCUUUGUAGCUCAGUUGGUUAGAGCGCUGCAAAUAAAUCUCUAUUAGCGUUUAUACAAUAGCCCGGGUCACCCUUCUUGAGAAAAUUGUGCAUAUUUCUUCAUGUAAACUUGGGUAUUGGCUGGUCCCCCGCUAACAUACAGUAGUUGAUUGAUGGUUGAGAACACAUGCAUAUAUGGGUAAAACCUCUUGUAAUGAAAGAGAUAUGUAUGGAAAGAAUGCCACAGUACACCACUGUACCUACAUUCAUGUCAACCUGGGUUCAUGUGAAUGCAAUAAAAAUAAACCCCAUGGGUUCUUUAAACUCCUGGCUCAUGCAAAGGGGCUAUACUCAGGCUAUAAAGCCAGACAAUUUUACUAGCUUGCCAAGGAGAGUUAAUCAGCAGUUGCUGUAACAAGAUCCCAGUUAAUUUAAACUAUGCCAGUUCAAGUUAAUGUUGUGUCAAUGCGAAUCAGGGUGUGUUACUCGACUUACUCUGGGGUCUUAAGUUGACCAAGGUGCAACAUUUGACACAAAUCAUUAUACAGUGUAGCCUGCCCAGUGGAAGGCCCUUUUUUAUUUAUAUAUUUAUUUUAUUAUUAUUUUUCCUUUUUUAUUAUCGACUAGAGCCCUACAGUACUAAAAACCAUAACAGGCUUACAGUGUAUUUGAUUUAGCCCCUACUGUGGUUAGUAAGGCGUAAAAAAAAGUACCUGUGGUUCCGGUUUCAUAUCGUGAAAAAAUUAGGGUCGGUAGGUCGGCAAUAAUUUUUUUUUUGAAUAUUUUUUUCAUGGUUUUGGCGGUUUUUUGCUGGGCGAUUUGCAGUUGAGUAUUUCCUAUGGACGAAUUUAGGCAAUUUGGUUCAAUAAUUAGUGUGACAACAGACGCUAUUUUGGCACGCUGUACGAGCAGCCUGCAACCACCUGGAGAAAAUAGGGUCGCACGGUCAAUCGCGUUGAAAAAAAUAAUAGGGUCGGCAGAAUAAAAUAGGGUCGGUCGGGAACCGGAACCACAGGUAUUUUUUUUACGCCUAAGCUUACACAAAUUUUUACCGAUACCGUAAGCUAUAUUUUAUAUGCAUUCAUGCCUUUUAGGUUUAGACUUCAACAUAUUUGGAAUUGAAGAUCGUUUCCAAGAAGAGAAUGGCUUGAACCAAGAAGAUGAUUGCCAAGAGCACACUGAUGAAUCACAUGAUGUUAAUGUAUGUUCCAAAUACCUUCCUGGUUGUUAUUGUCCAUAUUUUUAUUGUCAAGGGACCCAUAAAUCAAGUGAAAUUGUGUUUAAUACUGUAAUUUGUUUUUUAACUAGUUAACUUUAUUAUGCCAGAAAUAUUACUUGUCAAAGAGGAAUUGGAACUGUCAAAUGGGUGGAGGGUUUAUUAAAAUAACACUCAAAAGUCGUGCACCUCCCUAAACCAUUAAAUUAUUUGCAUAUUACUAAAUAUAAUUUAAAAAAUUGUGUUUCUUCAAUUCAGGAAAUUGAGAAUAAUCAAUCUGAUGUUGAUGAACCACUCUAUGAUGGAGCUAGUGUGACUGUUGGUCAAAGUUUGUUGUUGAUUAUGGCUUUUAUACUUGGAAAUAAUCUUUCUGGCGCUGCUGUUGGAAACCUCCUGAGAUUGCUAGCUGCAUUGUUGCCAGCUGACUCCCGACUUCCCAAGACAAGGUAUCUUUUUGAUAAGCAUUUUAAUCCUUUUAAGGACGGUGUUCAGUUUAAACUGUACUGCCCAAUUUGCAACGCUUUACUGACAGGGAUUGAAGGCCUUGAAUGCACGUGAUGUAAUGUCUUAUAUCGAAAGGAUGUGCUGCUACGGGAUGGAAACGUUUUCAUUUAUUUGCCUCUGGAAAAGCAGAUACGUGAUUUGUUCAUGAAGUGUGGUGACACUUUAAACCUUGCAUACAGAUUUACAAGGAAGAAAAUAUCCUCUUCAGCUAUUGAGGACAUUUUUGAUGGCGAAUUAUACAAAUCUAUGGUUGGAGGUUUACUGAUGUCAGAUCCAAAUGCCCUAAGUGUUUCAUUCAACUGUGAUGGAGUACCUAUUUUCAAGUCUUCCAACUUUGGAAUUUGGCCACUGCAAGGGAUUUUGAAUGAACUGCCACCGAAGCAAAGAAAAGAAAACAUUUUCUUAAUUGGUCUAUGGUUUGGAACUGGUAAACCCGUUAUGACUACGUUCCUUAAGCCUUUUACCGAGGAGUUGGCAAAAUUGAGCAAUGUUGGAAUGAGAUGGGUCUGUGGUGGUGUAUUAUUUGCUCGUGUGACAGCGUGGCAAGGUGUGUAUUGCAGAAUAUCCUUCAAUUUAAUGGUUUGUAUGGUUGCAGUUGGUGUGAAAAUCCAGGGGAAUCGAUUGAAAAAGGACGCGGUCAUUGCAGAGUUUACCCAGAAGAAGCGCAACAACCGGACUUAAGAACACAUGAACAACUGAAGAAGAAUGGUCGAUUAGCAUUCCGUAAGAAAGAACCAGUGAAAGGCGUGAAAGGGCCAACCAAACUGGCUGAUUUGCCCAAUUUUGACAUUGUAAGAGGAUUUGUGGUGGACAAUCUCCACUGCAUAGAUUUAGGCGUUACAAGACAACUAGGACAUCUAUGGUUUGACUCGAACAAUCAUAACGAACCAUGGUAUCUUGGCAAACACAUACCAGUUAUCGAUUCAAGAUUGAAACACGUAAUGCCACCACAAGAGGUUACAAGGGUUCCAAGAUCAAUUACGCAGAGAGCGUUUUGGAAAGGUUCUGAGUGGCACUGGUGGUUGCUCUUAUAUUCACCAGUUGUCCUGCAUGGAUUGCUUCCACAACGGUAUUUUAAACAUUUACUUCUUUUGGUGCAAGGCGUUUACUUGCUAACCAAGUCAAGUAUCAGCUCUGCUGACCUCGACAAGGCCGCCCAUUGCUUGUCGCAGUUUACUCAGAAGUUCCAGGUGUUGUAUGGCAAGAAGCACAUGACAUACAAUGUCCAUCAGCUGACCCAUCUGGUGCAAGCAGUGAUUGAUUGGGGUCCAUUGCCAUGCUAUUCCUCCUAUAUUUUCGAGGGAUUUAAUAUGGUACUCCUGAGCUUGUUCCAUGGAACUCAAGCAGUUCCUCAUCAGAUUGCCAACUCUUUCCUCAUGUACAAAGAGUUGUCUAUAAUUUGCAGUACUGGCGAGGCAACUGCAGAUCCCCUCACUGAUAACAUCUUCUCCUUCAUGAAUGACCAACUCCAAGGCUACACACCACUGAAAAAGGCCAAAAAGAUGGAACAAAACAUUACCUUCUUGGGGGCGUCAUAUUCAAGACCACUAACAAUUGAGGAAAAGUACCAUGUUGAGGAGCUACACCAAAGGAAUGAUGUUGAAAAUGAUGGAGAAUUCUUCACGAAAGCCAUUGUGAAUGGGAACGUAUUCCAUUGCACUAAAUAUAAGCGGCAGUCAAGAAGAAAAAAUUACAUCAUUGGAACCGAAAACUAUUUGACAUUUGAACUAGAUGUAUUUGUUAUAAUCAGGUUUGAAGGAUGUGAUGAUAUUAGUAGCAUUGCUUUUGGACGAGAGGUACAACUUUCAGAUGCACUGGAGAGUUUCGAGAGUGGAUGUGGCAACUUGUGCAGUCACAUUAGAAUACUUCAGGAGACGUCUGAUGCGUUGGCAAUUGUGGAACUGAACACUAUUCAGGACAAAUUUGCAGUUAUUGCAGAUGAUAGUGAGGAAGAGUACUUUUAUUGUAAACUACCAAAUACUGUGGACAGAGACUGA